GUAUAUCUGAAGCUGGGCAGCAACAGGCUGUUCGUCACGAUGAGUUGGUGAAUCGAAUUGAGAAGAAACAAAGAAAGUUCUGCAAUUGCUGUCAGAGCAAAUCAUAUGGAUAUCGACGACGCCAAGUUGCUCGAUACCUCGGACGCUAUUCCCACUGGUGACUUAGUGCAAGGGUCUCCAAAUGUGGAGGACAGCGGGGGAGUGUCAUCGCAACCCGCAGAGCAGCUGGACGUUGGGGCUUCGCACUUGGAGCAAGAGGAAAGUGACCACAAAGACAGGCGCAGGACAAAAUCGCUACCUGUUUACGCAGACCAAAAUGCUCUCUACGAGACAAUUUGCCCAGAGACGGACAGAAAGAGGGUUCAGUUCGCAGACACUCUGGGACUGUGCCUAGCAAGCGUGAAACACUUCAGCGCCACUGAUGACCCGCAAGUCCCAUCUAAUGUCUUCUCUAGGCUACAGAGUUUUCCUCCGCAGCGGGACCGAGGAUCUUUAGAUGAUCUGUGCGGUAUGUUCGCGUCCACUCUGUGCAUUAACCAUUUGGUGCCUGCGUUCAAGAUGCCCGUGCAUUCAAAAGACUUCGGCAGCCGAGUCCUGCGCCUUCGAGUGUCUUUGGAAAAAGUUACGGUCUCUCACUUUGACAUCCGAGGACAGAUCAGAGCGGUGACCUCGGACUGUUCUUGGAAGGAAGUAGGGGUGAGAUACACUUUUAACGACUGGCUAUCAUUUGUGGACGUGCAGGCAGUACCCAUACCUAGAGAGGAUGAUGCUGUCCAAGGCGAACAGUUCUCCUUCACGCUGUACACACCCCCAUAUUCAGAUGAGAGUUCUUCAGUGCACUUUGCGGUUUAUUUCCGGACUGACCACGGCGAAUUCUGGGAUAACAACGGACGAAACAACUACACCCUGAAGCAGGAAACUGGAAUAUUGAACGAGAGCUAAGUUUCCCAUGCUACAUAAGAACCAUUCUCAAUGUACAUGUCAGCAGAGGAGGCCCGUUGUACACUCGCUAAAUUUUUAACUCGGUUAUUCGGUAGUUUUGGCGCCGUCUACAUUUUUCUUCCUGGGUCGCGAAAAUGUACAUUGUAUGGACACAGAUGGACACAAGUAAAUUAGUCAUACAGACACCAGAAUACACUUUGUAUUCUGUCCUGUAUUGUAUAAUCUGAAAUUAUAUUGUGGGAGUACAAUGGUUAUCUGUCAAUUCUUUUUAAGAUACUAUUCUCUAUAAUUAUUGUAGGGCGCUAUUGUAUGUGUCAACUGAAGCCACAAUGAGCAAAUCAUGUUUUCGCCAAACUUAAUUCAAGGCAUGCGUAAAAAUUGGAUGGGUUCUAUUCUGAAUUUGUGCAUUCCGUAAUGUAUAGGACAUAAUGUGUUUACUGAAUAUGACUUAAUUAUUUGUGUCAGUUCUAUUCAUUUUUAAAUGUGUUAUUUCAUGCUUAACAAGUAACCAGUAGCCUCUUCUCAUACUGAAAUAGCUUUACAGCCAUAUGUAUAUGUAAAGCGAUAUACGGUAAUUUUAAAUGGAACUGGCAUUUUUAUAUCCAUACGUCUCAGUCUCACUUAUAGAUACCACUUUUCAGCCUGAUCAGGCUAAAGGCUUAGGCUAAUGAUAAGGUAAUAACGCUAUCCUCAUUCCCUGUUUCUUAGACAUAUAGUGUGCGUGGCUGGCUGGUUAUAGAAACCAAAGUGAAAGUACCAGUGCUACAAUAUGAUAGCAUACAUAUUCAUCAGCCUACAGUAUCUACAGCAUAUGGCCUGAAAUGUUGAGGGGUGCUGCCUUCAGGGUGUGAACAGCAUUCCAUGUGACUGAGCCAAUGAGAGCGCUUGUCCAUUACCCACAUACCAGGUGUCUGCAAUGAUGUGAGAAUUGAGUCCUUAUCACCGGUGGGACAUUCCAUUCCUGAGCACAUUUUGGGCCUGAAAAUGUACUGGUAAUGUUCAUGGGGAGAGAAAACUAUGUCCAUAAAUGGGAUUCCAUAAAUGCGCUGUAAGAAUGUAAGUGCUAUAAUGACAACAGUUUUCUCACAGAAAAUAAUAAUAAUAAUAAUAAUAAUAAUAAUAAUAAUAAUGAUAAUGAAGCACUGAACAUGCCUUGAAGUAUGUUACUUGUUUUUUUGUUUUUGUUUAGUUUUUUUUGCAAACAACUUUUUUUUAUAGAUUUUCCAUAAAGCAAUAUACAGAAAAGACAGCACUACACUUUAAGGGUGUUACUGAGCUAAACUUCACAACCUUGGAGGCUGUGCAUAGUUGUUUUUAUAAUUCCAGAUGGACACAAGUAAUUCAUUAAUUGUCUAAUUAAAAAAAGGAAUUGUUUGGGAUAUCUUCCUGAACCAAAAAUAAAUUUUCCUAUAAAAGAAAAAACCUGUCAUUGUGUUCGUGUACUGUAACUAUUUUGAGCAUUUGGUUUUUCUUACAGUAAAAUCCUACCAUGACUACUUUAAA